AUGACAAAUCCACAAAUUUGCUUCGCAGACACUUAUUUUGACGGUCUGUCUCUCCUCUACGAUAGACGCGAAGCGAUACGUCGCACAACAGUCAAAGCGCAAUUGCAGAAACUCCGUGAUACGGGCCGUUUUGACUGCUUCAAGCUGCAAUGGCAUCCUGUGUACGACGAGGACUACCCGUGGCCGGUGCCGAAGAGCUUGUUUUGGGACAGCGAUAUUGCCAAGUGGAUUGAGGGAGCUUGCUACUUUCUCACCCAGAGCUAUGACCAAGAUGUCGAUGCAGCCGUGUGCGAGCUAGUGCAAGACAUAUGUCGAGCUCAGCAAGACGAUGGAUACCUAAAUGUCUAUUUUACCGUUGUCGAUCCGGCCGCACGGUGGUCAAAUAUUCGAGAUCAGCACGAGCUAUACAAUGCCGGCCAUCUGAUUGAGGCUGCUUUGGCUCACUGUGCCUACUACCACACUGAUGUACUGCUCAAGCCGAUUGAAAAAUACGUCGCGCUUCUAUACCGUGAGUUUGGACCUGGUCCUGGUCAGCGCCGCGCUUAUCCUGGUCAUCCGGAAAUUGAGUUAGCCCUGUUGCGACUGCACAAGGCGACCGGCAGUAUGAUGGCAUAUGAUCUGGCUCGGUAUUUCUUGGAGGAGCGAGGCACUCUACGACCCACCCCGUGUGGAAGCACAAGCAACAACACAGGCGACAAUACCAGUUCUUACGAAGGUGCGUUGCUGCUGUACUACGACUGGGAAGAGAAAAAGCGCGGAGACUCACCUUGGAAGCGACCUAACGCAUACCCCGAAGCUCGGACAAGUCAUUGGUACAACCAAGCACACGUGCCCAUCCGGGAGCAAAAGUCGGUAGAAGGACACGCUGUCCGAUCUAUGUAUCUGCUAACGGCGGUAGCUGACAUGGUUUACAUUGGUGUUGAGCGCCCCGUCGGAGACGAGAUGACGUGGAAAACGGCCUUGGACCGGCUCUGGAAUAACAUGGUCGAUAAGAAAAUGUCAAUGACUGGAGGCAUCGGCGCCAUAGCACAGUGGGAAGGUUUUGGUCGUGAUUACUUCUUGCCUCAAGGCACCGAUGAAGGUGGCUGUUACAAUGAAACAUGCGCAGCCAUUGGCGUGAUGAUGCUGGCCGAAAGGCUGCUGGAGCUUGAUCUCGAUAGCCGCUACGCCGACAUAAUGGAGCUCUGUCUGUACAAUGCCGUUCUAACAGCUAUGAGUCUAGAUGGCAAGAGCUUCACCUACAUCAACCAGCUUUCCUCCUCCGACACCAACAAGAGCGAGCGCUACAGUUGGUUCGAGUGCGCCUGCUGUCCACCCAACCUUAUGCGGCUGUUUGGCAGUUUGGGGGGUUACCUCUGGGAUUACAACUCUGGUCCUGGCUCUGAACUGUUUGUUAAUGUGCACCUCUAUACAUCGGCCACGCUGUCGUUCUGCCUAGCUGCUAAGGCUGGAGACCAGGUGGAAAACAAAGCAUGGGCAAAGGGAAACUUUACAGUAUUCAAGCGCCUCGAACAUCUCAAGCGCCACCAGCGGGGGCAUCAGCUAGACGAACGGCUAGCAUGCUCCGUGUGCGCAAAGACGUUCACGCGAAGUCGCCUCUGGUGGCAUAUAUGCAACGAGCACCGUCGGCUCACGGAUUCCAUGUACAGCACGAACGAGGCGAAGUCCACCAUCUAUCUGGGGCUCAACACCAUUGCUACCCGUUACAGCUGA